AUGCUACGGCGAAAACACCUUGAAGACCUCACUAAGAGACUACACAUCAGAUGGCAAGCCGGCCAGCUAUCUCCCCCAUCACCCUACCCAGCAGCCGCUGCAUGUGAUGCCCUCUCUCAAGUCGUCCGUCUUCUAUCAGCUCUCGAAAUACUAGAACUCUUCCUAGGACCUACGAAUUUCACCAUUUCCUUGCAGACCGUUCACACUAUCGAGCAGAUAAUCCAAGGCUGCCAAUUCUCCCAGCUCCAAUCCUGCUCCCUCGGAGCAGACUGGGGCAGAGGACUCCAAUUCUACACCACCAUCCUCACGUCUUUCCUAUGCUCCCUCCCCAAUUUACGUCACCUCAUUCUAUCCGAUCAUCAUGCAGCGCUUAACCUCCCCUCCGAAGCGCUCCCUUAUCUCACCACCUUCCGCGGUUCACCCGACACUGCAGCCUCUCUGCUGCCCGGACGCCCCGUCCAAUGUCUUUCUCUCAUCGGGCACGACUUCGACGUCAACCGGGACAACCUGCCCCGGAUGACGUACACAAGUAAGCCCCUCAAGUCAUUAGAUCUUUCAUCCAUGUCGGCGCGGCCUCUCCUCCUGCGAAACGUCUCCACGCACCUCCCCACCAUCAAGAGCCUGCGCGUGAACCUCGCUCUGCGACAUACCCUCCAUCACGCCUUCUCCGGCAUAAGUAUACUCGCAGGUUUAUCGGCAGUAUUGUGUGCUUUCAAUCAGCUGUCGGUCCUUGACCUGUCACCCACGGGGAAAGGCGGCGUAGGAAAGGCUGAUUCACUGGACGAGCUCGCCCUUUGCACAGAAUGGUGGGUGGCGUGCCCAUCAUUGCGACGAAUCAUCUUCCCGUUCCAAUCGGAAUGGGUUUUUGAUGCAAAUACCCCCACCCUGUGGUCCUUGGUACAAAACCAAAAAUAG